UUUCUGGAAUAUGUCUGUGUUACAGAUGUGGACGAGUGUGCAACGGAUUCUCACCAGUGCAACCCUACCCAGAUUUGCAUCAACACGGAAGGAGGGUAUACCUGCUCUUGCACCGAUGGCUAUUGGCUUCUGGAAGGCCAGUGCUUAGACAUUGAUGAAUGUCGCUACGGCUAUUGCCAGCAACUUUGUGCGAAUGUUCCUGGCUCCUAUUCCUGCACCUGCAACCCUGGUUUUACCCUCAACGAAGAUGGAAGGUCUUGCCAAGACGUGAACGAGUGUGCCACAGAGAACCCCUGCGUGCAAACUUGUGUCAACACCUAUGGCUCUUUCAUCUGCCGCUGUGACCCAGGAUAUGAACUUGAGGAUGACGGUGUUCAUUGCAGUGAUAUGGAUGAGUGCAGCUUCUCUGAGUUCCUCUGCCAACACGAGUGUGUGAAUCAGCCCGGCACAUACUUCUGCUCCUGUCCCCCUGGAUACAUUCUUUUGGAUGACAACCGAAGCUGCCAAGAUAUCAACGAGUGUGAGCACGGAAACCACACGUGUAACCUGCAGCAGACUUGCUACAAUUUGCAGGGGGGCUUCAAGUGCAUUGACCCCAUCCGCUGCGAGGAGCCUUAUCUGCGGAUUAGUGAUAACCGCUGUAUGUGUCCUGCUGAGAAUCCUGGCUGCAGAGACCAGCCCUUUACCAUCCUGUACCGGGAUAUGGAUGUGGUGUCAGGACGCUCCGUUCCUGCUGACAUCUUCCAAAUGCAAGCCACGACCCGCUACCCUGGGGCUUAUUACAUUUUCCAGAUCAAGUCUGGGAACGAGGGCAGAGAAUUCUAUAUGCGGGUAAGAGGGGAUGGUCACCGUCUUUAACAAUGCUUGUGUUGUUAGCCUGGCGCGUGC